GUUACAACGAGUUACAACGGCCAACGGACAACGACUGGAGAGUGAAGACUGAACUGACUGAAGACUUAACAGUGAACUAGUGUGAUCAGUGAAUAUUGAAGAUUUGGAUACUGAACGUUAUUCUGUUAUUCUGUUCUUAGUAGUGUUUUAUCUAUGAUUCUGUAUUUCCGUGACUGAACCCUUACCAGUCACCACGUCCGUGGUACACCGUUCACGUAAUUCGAAUUGCGAUUUACUAUUAUUUACUCGAUUUAGUGUUAGCGGUUGAAUAUUGAUCCUUCCUCGAGGGGCAUAUCGUUGAUCGUCAAUAUUAUUUUUUUUAUCCAUUAAUAAAUGUAAAAGAAAAGUUCCAUUUAAGAUCGAUCGACGACCAUGAUGGACGACACAGAUUUUAAGAAUCUCGACGACUAUGACUCUGACGAUCAGGAAGAAGAUGACACGGACGCGGAGUACGACAAUCCGCCAUCGCCCAAGACCGAUUGCUGCUCAAACAAAUGCUUGUUGACGUUUGACGACGAGUUUAAGACACGUUUGAAGACAGAUAUGUCACAGCUGCAAAAUUUUGAAAAGAAAAUUUAUCUGUUCGCGAUGAUCUCUAUCAACGAAAGCAAGAUAAACGCCACUAAAAUUAUCAAGUCUUCAAAAUACUUCCAAUAUACAGUCAAGUAUUACGGAGUGAAUCAAUCUGUGUGUAAAAGCGCAUUUGUUAUUCUGCAUGAUACAACUCCAGCACUGGUACGAACAUUGUGCAUGAAGAUGGCGGUGGGGCAUAUUACACCUGUUGACGGCCGUGGUAAACAUAGCAAUCGAUUGACUGUAUCUGACGAAACAAAAAAUGCUAUAAAAGAGCAUUUCUUUAGCAUCUUGAAGUCGCCUGAUAUUUUCAAAUGUGCCAAGAAAAAUCUAGGCCAACCUAAUAUUUCUCAGCUGUGGAUUAGUUUUAAACAGGAACACGGCCAUGUAUCCCGUUCAACAUACACAAAAUAUAUUCAAUCAUUAUUAACACCAGAAGUUGUAUCAAACUUUAUGUGUGCGAAUAAAGCAAAACAAAUUUUACAAUACAUAAAUAAAAAAAAAUCACGUUAGGGAUAAAUUUACUAUUAACUAUUUACUGUAUUUUUUAUUUAAGCGAUUAAUAAAUUUUUACUAUUUAAGAAGUAUUAAUAAGUAUAAAAUAAAUCUGUAAAUAAUUAUUGAAUAUCUAUACCAAUAUUUGUUAUUAAAGUUCCAAAUAUUCAUGUAAAAA